CGAAUUUCAAAUUUAACUACUAUUAGCGCCGUAGGAGCCACAAGGGAAACCUAUUGAAAUUGAGAAUACUUUUAUUUCACCGUUACUGUUUGGAAAUCGGUCAGUAUCUAUGUAGUGGAGGAAAUGUCUGUAAUUUGAUUUUGAUUUGCUACCCUGUGUCCAGUUAAUGAUACUCUAUAAACCAAAAGAACGCGAUUCGCGUCCAUUGCGAUCUUGUCACCUCUGAAAGCCUACGGCAAUAGAAUAAGUUUACAGUAUGUAUUUGUGGAGAGGAAAUCUUGAAAGAUGAGUCGGAGGUCGAGUGUGAGCAGCAGUGUCACUACCAGCGCUAGAUCUGGCGUUGAGGAUGAUCCUUUGAUGCGAGAUUGCUAUGACUUGCGACGAAGAUUACUUCAGACUGAACAGUCACUCCAGAGUUUGAAUCCACCACAUGCGACAAACGGCAGCAAAUCACGACAACCUCUUCAGAAACAAAUUUCAUAUGAAACAAGAGCUGAAACGAAAGAUCGAAACUUUCAUGCCAGUGCUGAAGAGCUAGGUCUAAAUGGCCAGAGAAGAAGCUAUUCAUCAUCACCAGAGAGUGCUGGCGGUCAAGUGUUGACCUUAGCUGACCUUACCCCAGCAGGCUCUGAGCCAAACCUUUUGUCGAAGAGUCGUAGAGGGACGCCAUUGAUAAACAACUCUCAGCCCUUGAGGUCAUCAUACACAGACCUCAGAAAUGGAUCAACCCACCUGUCACCAAGGGAACAAGAGCUUGAUAGCAGGUCAUUUGGUAGUGCAAGUGACUAUGACCAUGAUAACAUGAUUAAAAAACUUUCCAAGCAGCGGGAGGAAAACUCCCAACUUGUCAACCAAAACCACAAGCUAAUGACUGAACUUGAAAAUCUCAGCUAUGACCUGCAUCAGGCUAGAAACAAGGUGAAGAUUCUUAGUCAAGAGUUAGAUGUUGAAAGGAAAAGACUCCCUCCUAUGGAAGACAGAAUUGUGAGUCUGGAGUCAGACCUGGCCUCACAGGAGGAUGCUGUAAGAUUUGCUGAACAAACCAUGCAAGAUUGCAGGGAAGAGCUUCAGUCAAAGACAGAAGAACUCAGAAGUGUUCUUGAAUCAGCCACAGCAGCUGAAAAUGAACUGAGAGAAGAAGCAAAGCUGAGGAAGAGAUUAGAGGAUCAGCUUGAACAAGCUUUAAGAAAUGUUGAAGAGCUGUCAGACAAACUCACGGAGCAGGAUACCACGAUAAAAUCGUUAAGAAAACAGCAUUCGGACCGCGAGAGACACUGGAAAGAUGUUAGCUCCCAGUCCCAGCGGGAACGAGAUGAUCUGCUGGAUCGGGAAGCCACGUUACAGGCACAAAUAACAGACCUGCAGGAAGAAAUAAGGCUUCUCCAAGCCGAGGGAACAGCCAAGGAAGACAGUCAGACAUCUAUGCAACACGAGAACACCAGUUUACGAGCGACUAUCUCGCGUCAGAGCCAGAAAAUUGGCAGAAUUGAAAACGAACUUAGAAAAAAUGAGCUUCUGCUCAAAGACCAAGGAGAACUACAAAACACAGUGGAGAAACAGAAGGAGAAAAUUAUCCAGUACCAGCGAGAAAUGGAAGAAACGAAACUUCACAUGGCCCGACUAGAAGGAUUAGUUCAUCAGGUUCAGGAACAGAGCAUGAAAGAGCACGUGACUGCCACGCCCUCUACCAGUGACAGUGGCAUUUGUAGCAGUACCCAGACAAUGAACGGUUACCAUAGCAUCAGUCCGCGCAACAUGGGUAGUUACAUACAAGAUGACGUAGACAACGAACGCGACCACGUGACGGGAAGCGGGGGAACAGCGAGAGCGGUGAUUGCUGAUCUGAAACUGAAGCUGGCAAUGAAAGAAGCUGAGAUACAAAAACUACAGGCUACUGCUGUAGCACGGGCAGCCGCUCAACAGAAACACAUAGCGGGUUUAGCUGGUGAUGGUGGUGUUAUGGAUGGUUUGAGAACUGAGUUGUCAGCCAUUGUGGAACGGAGUCGUAUUGGUGAUCGCAAGCAACAGGAACUUGAACAGAUCAUCUCACGCUUAGAGGAUGAAGUGGCCAGGUACUCAGCUCAAACAAUUCAACUGGAAGAGCGACUGGCCGACAAAAUGGCGCAGAUUGCGUCGCUGGAGAGCAAGCUUGGUCAGAGAAAUCUUAAAGUGGUUGAUUUACAGAACGAAUUGGAAGCAAAAAUUUCAGAGAAUGGAAUUCUACAGCGAGAGGUUCGACAAGCUACGUCACGCUUUAGCACCGUCGAGAGAGAGCUAACUGACAGGACAUCUGAAUCGAGCUUACAUGAGUCUAAACUAAAAGAGAUUCAAGAGGAGCUGGAAUCCAAAGCUCGGCGUAUUGGGGAACUGGAAGGAUCGGUGGAAGCCAAGGAUAUCGAACUGAAGGAAUCUGCUGCACUCGUGGACAGAGUGAAAGCGUUACACGGUGAACAGUGUCUCGAGCUGCAGAGACAGAUAGAGGAGUUGCAGAGAUCAUUUGAGGAGAAAAAUACUGUCUUAGCUCAUCUUGAGACUUCCUUGGCAGCCUCCCGCCAAGAACUGAAUCUAAAAAAGUCACUCGCCGAUCAGAUGGAGCGAGCUCUUCAGGAACAGAAGCAAGAGAUCGAAGUACGAGACACUCAGUCUGUCCAGCACAGUCAGAAACUGGAAAAGCUGGAUGAACAGGCUGAUAAGGCCACACAGCAGGUCAGAAAAAUGGAAGUGUCGUUGGCAGAAUGUCACAAGGAAAUCGAGAUGUAUGUGGGCCAGUUAAAGGAAGCUCGUAGUGCGCAUGAACAGGAGUUGGAAGAGAAGAGACUAGAGAUAUCGAAACUGCAAAAAGCAUUGCAGCAGACGCUGUCAGACGUCCAUCAAAAGAACGAACAGGUUGUUCAACUGGAAAGUAUGGUUGCCGAUCAGCAAAAUGCACUCCAAAGAGAUCAAGAGAGAAUUCGUGACUUGGAGGAAUCGCGUUCUCAUCUGCAACAACAAGUCGCCAUCUUGGAAGAAGAAAUUGCUCGGGAACGAAACACAUCACAAUUGGAGUCAAGCGACUUACAUCAGAAACUUCAAGGAGCCAAAGAAGACAUCGACGAAAGAACUCGACAAAUGAACGAACUGAACUCGACUCUGAGAGAAGUUCAUAAAGACAUGAAACACAGCUCAGCGAGUAUUGUGGAGUUGGAGCAGCUUCUGCAACAGUCCCGAAGCCAGUGUGACAAGAAGACCGCGCAAGCACAGACCCUGGAACAAGCUCUUAAGGAGACGCGAAAGCAACUGUCCGAGAUGACGAAGAAAAACGGGGAAUUGGAAGAGAGGUUGCGCCAGGUAGAAGGCGAAUUUUCGGAAACGACGGAGCACAAUGCGGAACUGGAUAACGAGGUGAACAAAAUCCAGACCGAGUUACAGGACACGAUAUCUCAACUGAAAUCGCUCCAAGAAGUAUUGCAGACAAGUCAAAAAGAAGUUCAAGAAAAAGAAAAGAAAGUCGAGGAACUGGACAAAAUGUUGAACGAGAGCAUGGAAGAACUACAACAGAAAGACAAGAAUUUGAAAGACAAGGAGAGUAAGGUCGUUGAACUCGACAAAGCGCUCAAGGAGAGACAAUGGGAAUUGAAGCAGAAAGCUGCUCAGGUUACCCAGCUGGACAUGACCAUGAAGGAACACAAGAGUGAACUACAACAGAAGGUUAUCACUUUAGAGCAUGCGCUAAACCAGGCUCGAUAUGAACUUAGCGAGAGAGCUGUAGAGAUCGCCGAUCUUAGAGCUAAACGGGAUCAAAAUCAAGAACAAGAGAGGCAAAGGAAAACUAAAAUCGAACAUUUAGAAAAGACCGUUAAACAUCAGCAGCAAGAGUUAAAGAAACGCGCAACUCAAGUCGCUGAGUUUGAGAGAGAGCUUUCGAAAUGGCAAAAGAGGCGUGAAGAUUCAGAGGAGACAAGUCAAGAAUUGCGCUUGGCCCGUGAGCAGCUUCAAAACACGCACGCAGAGCUGAUGGAAGCUCGCCGCGACCUUUUGAAAUGUCAGCGGACGGAGCAAGAGCUUAUUCGGGAACUUGAUGACGCGCAUGCGCUCUUAACCACGAAGGAGUCAGAUUGUACCAGGCUUGCAAAGGAACUUGGGGCGGCUCAGGUACGGGAGGCUCAGGCUGAGGCUAGGUGCGUGCAGGAAAUGAGAAAAGCGCAUCAACAGCACGAGUUAAAAGAGGCCACCCAGGAUCAAGAGGUACAACGCCUACAAGAAGACCACGCCAAAGCUCUCGCACAGAAAGACGAAAGCGACGCAGCUCACCGUAUAGAAAUUCAGAGGAUUCAAGAGCACGAGAGAAGACACGCCCAGGAUUUAGCUCGAGCAAAAGAGCAAAACGGAACUUUGAUAGAGGACAACAGGAGCUUAGCAUCUCAGCUUGUGUUGUAUCAAGAAGAUGCUAAGGCGACGAAUGAGAUGCUUGUUAUAAAAGAUGCAGAGAUCGCUCGUCUGGAGGCCAAAGUGUCUGGUUAUGAGAGAGCUACGUUCGGUACGAGUGUUCGUCUCGACGGAUCAGGCCGAGUUACUCCGAGAGGAAAUAGAAGCGCGUCGCACAUGCGUCAUGUAACCUCGCCGAGAACUGUGUCAAAGUCCUCUGUCAGCGGUAUGAAGAAAAGUAACUCGGACCAAAACCUUAAUAACAUGUCAAGCAACAGUACACUAGUGACUUUCAGCCACCUUGAGACUCAAGACUUGAUGGAAAAUCAUGCUCACUCACAAACGCCAGCUAUUCUUGUAAGCCAACAUCACUCGCACGGUCAGAAGCCGUAUCCUCUUCCUCACGACCGGAGCAGAUCGGUACAGUCAAGCCUAGAAACUCUCGAGGGACUUCUAAAACAAGCCAACAUGGAAAUGGCUCGUGAUAGUUUACCUUUGCUACUCAAUACCUCUACAUCACAAGCCGAUGAUGUUACACUAUCUGCCGCUGACCUUAAUACCACGCAGCCGUCUCCGCCCCAGAAGGAAGAGCGCGACAGAACUGCUGAGAAAGAUACUAGUGUAAUGGAUGGUGACGGCGAGCAGGUCAGCGGAUUGUACGAAAAUCUUCAUGAACAAUUAGAGAAGAAGAAAGCGUCGUUGGGUAUGUCACGUGAUAGGGGAAGCGAUAGUGAUUCUCUGGACCCUGAUAAAUGUCGCGCCAGUCUUCAACAACGCUUAGCCCUUAACGAAGCGAGAAGAAAGAACAUAGACCAACAGCUACUGGAAAUGCAACAGAAUGUUGUUUCUUGAGUGCGUUUGUAGGAUUGAACUCUUAGGAUCUGAUAAGUAAUUCUAUCUCCUAACCGUGAUACAUUCCCUCUGCGAAAUUAGUCAUUUAAAGGAGUUAUUACAUCAGUUUCUUCUGGGAGUUCUUAAAAGGGUUAAAAUCGAAGUAUACCGAACAAGGUGUAACCUACUUCCUUAAUCUGAAUUGUUGAUAUCAUUUUGAGCGUUGACAAAAUCUCAGGAUGUUGAUCGACAUCUUGCACCGAACUGUUUCGUUGAUCAACUGAAUAAGUUUGGUUAUUACUCUGACCUGUGCUUGCGGUGUAAAUAUACCUCAUCCACCAGUAGACCACCGUUUAUACUUAUAACAAACCAUUUUAUAGCUUAGUUUCAAUUACAUACACGCGAAAAGAUGCUUUUAUUCGGAAAGUGUGUGCCAAGUGCACACUUUGCGUACUCGUUUUCUGGCACGUAAAGUCGGUUAGGUUCUCAAUUUCCUUCGAUUAGGUAUUUAUAUAGUGCUUAAAUAAUUCUACUACUCGAAUGAAUCCUUUCAUCGAAAGAAGUGCGUCACGGUUGAGCAAUCUUGAUUGACGUAGCCUAUAUUUUGUGGUUGUAAUUUGUAACAUGCGGUAGAGCAUAGUUAGUAGAGGGUAGAGUCAUUGUCAACUGAGUGUAAAAAGGAAUCUGGGAUUGGUUUGGUUUUUCUCUACUUCAUUGCGUGAUUGGUCCAUAAAACGCGUCCCCUUUUCUAAACCAAUCAGAUGAGGAAAGCUAAAAUCAAUUGCGAUUGGGUCACCUGCGUUUUCCCCCGCUUCAAUUAGUAAGGCUAUUGUUACUUUGAGUUAUUAUUGGCUGCUCGUGCUAUAUUCCUUUCCUCUGAUUCGCUGUUGUUUAACGACACCCAAUCACAUAGCGGUUUAAUCUGCGCCAUCUUUAUCCAUUCUGGUUCUCUUUUGUUGUGUUGUUACUUCGGUGAGAUUUGUUUUCCUUAUCAAACGUUUUUUUUUCGGGGUUUAUAUGAUAUUUAAAGUAACUUCCUUUAAUGGUUUCAGUAACACAGCUUAUAUUGACGUUGUUCUUUAAGGUGACUCAAGAAAUAUUUAUUAUCGGCUCAAAGAAACCCCAAGUAGUGGAAAAUAAGGUGGCUUUCAGAUUUCCGCGAGGUGUUUUAAGACCUACAGAAGGAUGAAUCUUACUUUCCUGAUUGCAAUUUAACGAUAAGAAAAGGGGAGGCAGGGAACUCGUUCUUGAGUUACUGGCUGACAAUUCCAGAAUCAAGUGCAUCGCUUAGUGGCAGUACUUUCGCCACGUUGUAGGUCAUAAGAAUAACAGUGAUCACAACAGUGAGGAAUAAUCAAACAAAUUUUGACAAAUUUUUGAAGGAAGCAACCAUAAAAGUGUGUAGCAUCGAUGCAUCAAAGAAUCGUGUUUGGAGUCAUUGAACCAUUUUGAGCCACCUUAUUAAGAUUUUAACUCUACGCGCCAACUUAAGUCCUCAUUUGCGGCGUGCAGAUCAUUUUGUUUUCUCGUACAAGACACUAUCUGUAGCGAUAAGAAAAUGAAGGCAAAGAGAUGUAAUAUAUUUUUAUGCAUAUUAAUUUGAUAUAAGAGACAUUUCUGUGGUAAUUUUCGAAUAGAUUAUCGGCUUUAGUUGAUUUAUAGAUUGUAGACGUAGAUAGUAAUAAGAAUUCAUUAAAAUGCGGAUGAUUUUUCA